GCCGGCUCCGCAGGUCUCCGCACGGCCCCGCCAUGUCCUGCUACAUCUACCAGCUGCCGUCCUGGGUGCUGGACGACCUGUGCCGGAACAUGGACACGCUCAGCGAGUGGGACUGGAUGCAGUUCGCCUCCUACGUGAUCACAGACCUGACCCAGCUGCGGAAGAUCCGGUCCAUGGAGCGGGUGCAGGUCACCCGGGAGCGGCUGUGGUGGUGGGGCAUGCGGCAGGCCACCGUGCAGCAGCUGGUGGACCUCCUGUGCCGCCUGGAGCUCUACCGCGCCGCCCAGAUCGUCCUGAACUGGAAGCAGGUUCCUGAAGUCAGAUCUUCCAUCCCAGCCUUCCCAGAUGCUGUGAAGCCAGGAAGACCUUCUGUAAGAAACACAGAGGACGCGCAGGAAAAGGGGCCGCCCGUGACGCCAGCUGUCUCUCCAGGCCCAGGGUCAGUACCAGCCGGAGCCCACCCGCAGGCCCUUCUCCUGCCUCUGUCUGAAGAGGAUGCCCCUCGGUCCUUAAAAGCCAGCCUCCCCGCUGCACCUGAUUCAAAGGUUUCCAGCACGUCGGUUCCUAAGCAGGAGAAACUUUGGAGCCUGGCGGGAGAUAACUUUUUCUGGAGUGAGGCGGAUGUGGUCCAGGCAACCAAUAACUUCAAUCAAAACCACAAAAUCCACGAGGGGACCUUUGCUGAUGUCUACAGGGGGCAAAGACAGGGGCUGCCAUUCGUCUUCAAGAAGCUGAAAGAGACAGCCUGCUCUAGUCCGGGAUCCGCUGAAAGGUUCUUUCAGGCUGAGAUACAGAUUUGUCUCCGAUGCUGCCACCCCAACAUCCUGCCUCUGCAGGGCUUCUGUGCCGGAAGCCAGUUCCACAGCUUGAUCUACCCCCACAUGGAAAAUGGUUCCUUACAGGACCGGCUCCAGGGCCAGGACAGCGCGGACCCGCUCUCCUGGCCCCAGCGCAUCAGCAUCUGCUUGGCGCUGCUCCGUGCCGUGGAGCACCUGCACAGCCUGGAGAUCAUCCACGGCAACAUCAAGAGCUCCAAUGUUUUGCUGGACCGGAAUUUCACCCCCAAGCUGGCUCAUGCGAGGGCCCACCCGGGUCCUGUCAACCAAAGGUCCAAGUACACCAUGAUGAGGACCCAGCUCUUCCAGGCCUCCGCCGCGUAUCUGCCCGAGGACUUCAUCAGGGUGGGGCAGCUGACCCAGCGCGUGGACAUCUUCAGCUGUGGGAUCGUGUUAGCAGAGGUCCUCACUGGCAUCCCUGCGAUGGAUAACAACCGAAGCCCUGUCUACCUGAAGGAUCUCCUCCUCUCCGAGAUUCCGAGCGGCACCGUGUCGCUCUGCUCCAGGAAGACGGACGUGGAGAAGGUGAUGGCCAGAGAGAUCUGCCAGCAGUACCUGGAGAAGAGGGCAGGGCGGCUGCCUGAGGACUGCGCCGAGGCCCUGGCCACCGCCGUCUGCCUCUGCCUGCGGAGGCGGAAUGCCAGCCUGGAGGAGGUGUGUAGCUCUGUAGCUGCUGUGGAAGAGCGACUCCGGGGUCACCACACGUCCCUCCCUUGGAGCCGGCUCUCUGAGGGCACUGGCUCUUCCUGCAACACUCCCGAGGAGACGGAUGACGUGGACAAUUCCAGCCUCGACGCCUCCUCCUCCCUGAGGGCAGCACCCUGGGCAGGGUCUGCAGCCUCCCCUCUCCCCACAGAGAACGGAGAAGGCAGACUGCAGGCCAGCAGGGACGUGGAGGCGGACUCCUGCUCUGAGGCCUGCACCGGCUCGGAGCCUCAGCAGGACGCUACAAAGACUUCGUGGAACAUUGAAAUCAACGAGGCCAAAAGGAAACUGAUGGAGAACAUCCUGCUCUACAAAGAGGAGAAACUGGACAGCAUGGAGCUUUUCGGCCCCUGCUGACCCGGCACAGCUGAGGCCCCCUGUCUUCCAUCGGCAAGAUGAAGGUCGCGCCAGCCAAGCUGCCCGUGACACCACACCUCGGCUUUCCUGAGAGAGAGAUUCCCGAGUCACCACUGCGGAGUGACGGUGGGAGAAGGGACCUCAGCUUUUACGGACAGAGAAAUCCACAAAGUUCUCUUCCUUUCUGGGCCUCCUUAGAGCUGGGUAGCAGAGGAGGCCGAAGUGGAACCGCUGGCAUGAGGGCGCAGGAUGGGGGCGACUCUGGUUCCAGGAGGGAGCGUGUGACGACCAUGUCCUUAGCAGACGGCGUUACCCCAGCAGCUCUUGCCCCUCGACAACUGACAGAGCCAUCCGCAGCGCUGGCGGCAUUUUCCAGUGUGAUCCCCACACCCCGGAGGACUGUCGGCCUGUGCGCCGGUGCAGUUCCCACCCGCCUCUCACGGACACCGGGCAAAGCCGCUGCCGCCUUUCCGCUUCCCGCGUGGGAGAUUCCGCAGCCUGCCGAUAUUUAUUAAGUGCCUGCUCCGCAUCUCUCUUCCCAUCCCACUAACGCUAAUAUUUUUAAUAGAGCUUUUAUUUUGAGAUACGUGUUAUUUAUGGCUGGAUGAAAAAUUCAGAAGACUUUCAUGUUUCACGUGUGAUUCUGCUGCUAAUGAAGUCAAAUCAUGUAGUUUCUGGGACCUCGGUUUCCUUGGAAGUAAGGUGACACCUGCUUGUUCUCCCUCCCUGGGCCGUUGGGAGGAAUGGGUGAGGCUGUUGCUACCGAAGCACUUUGAAAAUGCACUUGCCCUGUUUUAUAAAAUAAAUAAAUAAAAAGGC